CUCGCGGCUCCAGCGCGCCCCCUGUCGGUCGGCCGGGGCAGUGCACCUCCGCGAGCUCCGGACGCGCCCUCGCCAGCGCCCCACGCGCUUCCGCCUUCCGGCCCCGCGGACUCUGCCCCGCGCUCCCAGCCGGUCAUGGCUCCGCUGCGCUUCUCGGCCAAUGUGUCCUGGCUCUUCCCCGAGCUCCCCGGCCUCCCCGCACGUUUGCGGGCAGCGGGCAGCUCGGGCUUUGAGGCCGCCGAGGUCGCCUGGCCGUACACGGAGCCGCCGGAGGCGCUGGCGCGCGCGGCGCAAGAAGCGGGGCUGCAGCUGGUGCUGAUCAACACGCCUCCGGGGGACCGAGAGAAGGGGGAAAUGGGGCUGGGGGCCGUUCCCGGGAGGCAGGCGGCCUUCCGCGAGGGGCUGGAGCAGGCGGUGCUGUACGCUAAGGCUCUGGGCUGUCCCAGGAUUCACCUGAUGGCCGGCCGAGUACCCCGGGGUGCUGACCGAGCAGCAGUCAGGGGUGAAAUGGAGACAGUUUUUCUGGAGAACCUGAGGCACGCAGCCGGGGUUUUGGCUCGGGAGAAACUCGUGGGACUGCUGGAGCCCAUCAACACCCGCAUCACCGACCCCCAGUACUUCCUGGAUUCGCCCCAGCAGGGUAGGACCCCCGCCCUGUGCUGCCUCCUCAGUCGUCUGACUGUAGUAAUCUCUGCCCAGGACAUAUUCCACUGGCAGAUCAUGGAUGGGAAUCUGACAGGAAACAUCCGCGAGUUCCUGCCCAUCGUUGGGCAUGUGCAGGUGGCACAGGUCCCGGGCCGGGGGGACCCUGGCAGCCCUGGAGAGCUGAACUUCUCCUAUCUAUUCCAACUGCUGGAAGACGAAGGCUACAACGGCUUUGUAGGCUGCGAGUACCAGCCUCAAGGAGACACAGUGGAGGGCUUGAGUUGGCUACGUUCCUACUGGGAUAGGCGGGGCCGCUCACAGGCUGGCCAGUGAGGUCCUGCAGUCCACCCACUUGCCUCUCUGGGACAGUGAAUUGAGCAUCCUGAGUAUCCUCUGGAAUUAAAGACAACUUGCUGAA